UCGCUAGACACGCGGUUAUCGGCUCUGAUUGGCUGAUGCUUUUAGCAGACAUGCAAUGUGCGUGUGCGUCUGUUGUAAAUUGUGCAUUGUCACGCGCUCAGUGUACGCAUAUGCGGCUCUAUUGUUUGUGUGUUUUAGACGCACACCCACCAUAUCAGGAGUGCUCCCAUAAUCAUUUUCGGGGGUUUAGGUCUCUUUUGGGACGGUUUGUCGCUUCUUCAAAAACAUGUAUUAAAUCACUAAAAAAUCAUAGAAAAAAAGUAAAGAAAAAAACCCAUUAUAUUUCAUUAGUAUAUUUCGUUAUUAUUUUUCAUUAUUAGACUGCUGUCUAUAGUUUCACCAGCUGCUCAUUUACCCAGCGGCUCAGCAGUUCAGUUGUUUAAUAUCAC